UUAUGGCUGUGUGAGCGCGCGUUUCUCCUCCGGGUGUGUGUAUGCGUGCACCCUAGCUAGGAGCAGAGAGGGUGUGCAUGGGUGUACACCCUGGCUAAGGGGGAUGGAGCUCCUCAAGUGUGCAGUCCGGGUGUGUGCACACAGUGUGUGCCUGCGUGUGCCUCUGAUUGUCUCCACGGCUCACUCCAUGCUGUGCCGCGCUCCCGGCCCGCUGCUGUUGCCUCUACCCAGCGCACACAUCCGCAGACACACACCAACACCCACCACCAGCAGCAGCCACCACAUCACAUGCAAUCGGAGGGAGAUUACACUGGGGCGAGAGGAGCUUUUCCUUGUUUUCUCAGCCUGCAAUCCUAGCCGCUCGCUGCACUGAUUUUUUUGGAGGAUGGCUUUCCCUUUUCUUGUCCUCCCUGAGCCCCCUCCGCCCCGGGGGGGAUGGUGAUUUGGAGGAGUCAGGAAUACAGAGCAAAAAUCAGCAUCAGAAAAGAAGCCACCAAAACAAACCUCUCCCCUCUGCGCGGGGUUGUCAACAGAGCACUUGCAAAGGAAAUCGGAGCCCGGCCCCUGGAAGACCGAGGGAAUCCCUGAGCCUUUUGUGGUUCUCCAGCCCGUGUUUAUGCUGAACGUGGUGUGUUUGAAUAAGCUCCAGGAAUGGGGAGACCUGUCUAAAGAGGAUCCUGCUCGAAAAUUUGUAUUCUCCAAGCUCAUUCUUAUAAAGACUUUGGCUUCACAGUUGCGUCCGUUUCAGAAUGGCAGAGAACACUCCGCCAGAGAUGAACAGGAAGUCUUCAAGGUCUACCCUUUCCCUCCCACCAGAACCAGUGGAGAUCAUUAGGAGCAAAACUUGCUCAAGGAGAGUUAAAAUAAAUGUCGGCGGGCUCAAUCAUGAAGUUCUAUGGAGGACUUUGGACAGACUCCCAAGGACUCGAUUAGGAAAGCUCAGAGACUGCAAUACUCAUGAUUCUCUGCUGGAAGUGUGUGAUGACUAUAACCUGAAUGAGAAUGAAUAUUUCUUUGAUCGUCACCCAGGGGCUUUCACCUCCAUUUUGAAUUUCUACAGGACAGGGAAGCUACACAUGAUGGAAGAAAUGUGUGCUCUCUCUUUUGGCCAAGAGCUUGAUUUCUGGGGGAUUGAUGAGAUAUAUUUAGAAUCUUGCUGCCAGGCAAGGUAUCAUCAGAAGAAAGAACAAAUGAAUGAGGAACUGAGGAGAGAGGCAGAGACAAUGCGUGAGAGAGAAGGGGAAGAGUUUGAUAAUACUUGUUGCCCAGAUAAAAGGAAGAAACUUUGGGACUUGCUAGAGAAACCCAACUCAUCAGUGGCUGCAAAGAUUUUGGCCAUUGUAUCCAUUCUGUUCAUCGUUCUGUCAACCAUUGCUCUGUCUCUCAACACACUACCUGAGCUUCAAGAAAUAGAUGAAUUUGGACAACCAAAUGACAACCCCCAGUUAGCACAUGUUGAAGCUGUGUGUAUUGCUUGGUUUACUAUGGAGUACCUUCUGCGUUUCCUGUCCUCACCAAAUAAAUGGAAGUUCUUCAAAGGUCCAUUAAAUGUGAUUGAUUUACUGGCCAUUUUGCCAUAUUAUGUCACCAUUUUCCUCACAGAGUCCAACAAAAGUGUGCUGCAGUUCCAAAACGUCAGGCGUGUGGUUCAGAUAUUUCGUAUUAUGAGGAUACUAAGGAUCCUUAAACUUGCCAGGCAUUCAACAGGCCUUCAGUCUUUAGGUUUCACUCUCAGGCGGAGUUACAAUGAAUUGGGUUUGUUGAUAUUAUUUUUAGCAAUGGGAAUAAUGAUCUUUUCCAGCCUUGUGUUUUUUGCUGAAAAGGAUGAAGAUGCUACAAAGUUUACCAGUAUCCCUGCAUCGUUUUGGUGGGCUACCAUCACUAUGACCACUGUAGGAUAUGGUGACAUUUAUCCUAAGACUCUACUCGGAAAAAUAGUUGGAGGGCUGUGUUGCAUUGCUGGAGUGCUGGUAAUAGCCCUGCCCAUACCAAUCAUUGUGAAUAACUUCUCUGAGUUUUACAAGGAGCAAAAACGGCAGGAAAAGGCCAUUAAAAGAAGAGAGGCCCUUGAGCGAGCUAAAAGAAAUGGAAGCAUUGUCUCCAUGAACCUGAAAGAUGCUUUUGCACGCAGUAUGGAACUCAUUGAUGUAGCAGUGGACACACGAAAGCCCGGCAAUCCAGCCAAUUCAAAGGAUACACCUGAUGAUAAACACCUAUCUCCAAGCAGGUGGAAGUGGGCCAGAAGGACAAUGUCUGAAACAAGUUCAAAUAAGUCUUUUGAGAACAAAUAUCAGGAAGUUAGUCAGCAGGGCUCCCAUGAGCAAUUGAAUAAUGCUGCUGCUGCUUCUAGCCCACAACACCUGAGUGCUCAAAAACUAGAGAUGUUAUAUAAUGAAAUUACUAAAACUCAGUCUCAGCUUAAUCUUAAUGCUGGCUACCAAGAUCAGCCAGUAAAACCACCUGAGUAUGAGGAAGAAAUAGAAAUGGAAGAGGUUACUGGGCAGAGAGAUCAGUUGCCAGCUGGACAUACAGAUGUAAUAACAGACAUGAGAAGCACAUCUAGUAUUGAUAGCUUCACCAGUUGUGCAACUGACUUCACAGAAACAGAAAGGUCACCCCUUCCUCCUUACCUUGGCUCUCACCUGCAAAUGAGAUUCCCGAGUGACUCUGUUAAUCUAGAGGACAACCAAAGAACAAAGAGUUCUCAAUUUGUAUCACUCACAAGAGAGAAAACGUUUGCCCCUAGAGAUGUCACUUUUGACUAUAAGCCAAUUGACACUGCUGCAAACAAUGAUGGUUGUGGCUCCCAAACUGUCCUGCAUGGUCAUUUGCGUUUUGACAGUGCCAUGGAAAGCCCCAAAAGUUCUCUAAAAGGUAACAAUCCAUUAAAACCUAGAUCCCUUAAAGUUAACUUUAAGGAAAACAGAGGCAGUGCUCCACAAACUCCACCAAGCACUGUGAGGCCAUUGCCAGUAACAGCAGGAGCAGACUUUACACAGACUACAUCUCAGCAUAUUAGCACCAUUCUUUUAGAAGAGAAUUCACCCCAAGGUGAAAGACCCAUCAUGCUGGGUGCUGAUGCCUCGAUGCUUUGCCAGGGACCUCCUAAAGGAUCAUCCCCUCUAUUUCCCAAACAAAAGCUUUUCACUUUCCCUUCAAAGGAGAAGAGAAGCUUUACUGAAAUAGACACUGAAGAAGAAGAAGACUUCAUGGAGAUCACUGGUGUGAAACACGAAAAGCAGCAGGAUAUCAAAACAAAUUGCUUUGGGGACAAACACAAUGAUGGCACCAAUUUAACAGACAAGCCAAGAGUCAGCUCUUCUUCACCCAAAAGCAUGGGCCACAACUGUACUCAAGACAUUUACCAUGCUGGGAGUGAAGUAAAGAAGGGCAGUAACCAAGAAAGUUACAAAAUGGAAAACCAUUUAUUUGCCCCAGAAAUUCAUUCAAAUCCAGGAGAACCUGGUUAUUGUCCCACACGUGAAACCAGCAUGUGACUAGUCACAAAAGCAAUAAAAAAAACUCUUCUUAAAACCACAGUUACAAAUGCCUGUGAACUAAAACAUGGAAGCCUCAAAACAAAAACAAAAAAAAGUGCAUAAAAUUGUUAUUUUUGCAUGGCAUGAAGAGUUGUUUAGUUUACGUACUGUUUAAGCAAAGAAUUCCAAGAUUGCUUUUUGUAACAAACAAACAAAAGGGGAGAAAAAAAUGACUCAAGAACAGUGAGUAAAAUAAAGAGAGCUCUAUUAGGAGCCAGUGUUCUGCAAAGUCUGACAUUUUUGGUCCUUUCACUUUAUGAUUGUAGACAGAUUUUAAACUCUGAACUUUUUUUUUCUCUUGGUUACAAUGACUUUUAGAAUUUGCACGUGAAAGGAUUAAAAGUCAAUGCAUGCAUUCAUAAUGAUGUGAAACAAGGUGCUUUGAGCUUGCAAAAUGAAUAUAUUUGUAAAUAGUUUGGGGUUGGGGGGAGAGCUACUGUUUUCAAGGAUCUGUGGACAUCAAGUUUCCUGGGACACAGGUACUUCCUUCACAGCACAUUGCCUGGAGGAUUUGUACAGACUUAUGUUGCAAAAUUGCAACUUCUGCUUAAAGCAUCUCACAUAUCUUGCUUUCUGUUAAAAAGCUCAUGAGUAUAUCUGUUUAUUUAAGGGACUACAGUAUUUUUAGUUUAUCUGUGCUGUAAAUCAUUUUUUAUUUGCACAAACUUUGUUGUUGCAUUUGUAAUUUAAAUGAAGGAUUCUUGAGAAAAAGAAAAGAUUUAAUGACCAGAAUUGAAGCAUUUGAUAUUUUAUAUAAGCACUGCCAAAAUUUCCUAAUUUAUAACAAUGCCCCACCAUCAAAUAAGAAUACAAACCAUACAAUUAUUGCUGUGGCAAUAAAUAGGGCCAAAUGGCCAUCAAGAAUGAAACAGUUUAUAUCCAAGGACUUCUCACUCUCAAAACAAUUCUUUUCAAUUCUUACUUUUGCUGAAGAAUUUUUUUCUUUCUUUUGUUUUAUUUGAUGAUCUCCUGAGGGCCCUUUUUUUAGCAUUUUCCCCCUUUAACUUACAAUUCUCUUUUCUCUUUAACUUUGGUGCCCAUGUUCCAGCUGGAGGUCAGAGGAGCAGUUAUUUUGAAGGCUGUUGCCAUUGCCACUACAUGGAUCAACAGAAAAAAAGCAUUUAAUUAAAGGAAAAAUAUCAGCCAUCCCAUUCCCCCCAAUGCCAAAGCAUCUUUAUUUUUAGGGUGUACUUGAGCUCUGUCUCAGCCUUGGGAAAGAAAGAUGCUGAACCCAAACCUAGCUUAUAAUGCACCCAUGAAGCUCCUGCGUGAAUGAAGCUAUUCAUUUUUUCUUAUCAAGUACCAAUAUUACAUGUACUAAAGAACCAAUAAAUCUUUGUAAAUACAUGCUUCAUCUAGUAGAUUUUUUCAGUUCAUAAAUCCCCAUAUGUCUGAUGAAUAAGCAGAUUCACAAUAAUGUAAACUAGCCAAUAUUUUUCCUUGUGAAAAACAAAUAAUUUCAUUUUGAUAUUUUCCUCUGAUUACUUCAGAAAUAUAGAGCCUGAUUCCCUUCUUACUGACAGUGGUCUUGCUAUGGUGUGGGCCAGCUUCUUACCUGAGAUGAAGGAUUUUCCAGUGGUUAGGAAGGUAGUCUUGUACUUGAGAGACCCAGGUUCAAUACCUUGUUCUACUACAAACUUCCUGUGUGACUUUAGGCAAGUCACUUAGCCCCUCUGUAUCUCAGUUCCCCAUCUGUAAAAUGGGAAGAACAAUUCUCACAGGGGUAUUGUAAUAAAAAAUAUAUUAAAGCUUGUGAGGCUCUGACAUACUGUGGUAAUGGGAGCCAUAAAAGUGCUUGAGGUAGAGAGCUGGUAUAAAUCAGCAUAGGUCUCUUUAUUUCAGUGGAGCUUGGCCAAUUUACAGAAGCUGAGGAUCCAGCCGUGUGCUUUCAUUCACUUAACAGAGUUGCCCCUCUCCUAAGUGAGUGGGACAAUCCAGUCCAUGAUGUGCUUCUCUUAGAAGAGAGGACAUUUUUGUUACAAAGCUGCCUUCCCCAAAAGACUACAGAGCUGAUCAUGCAGAGCUUAUUCAGGUCUCACCCAUGUAAGGGCUGCAAGAUAGAACCCCAAAUACCUGUUCAAUUGGCUGGACCAAAUAAUAAGCACAGCAUAGUUCCUUGGUUUAAAAUAGAAAAAUCUUUAAUUUUUGGUCUUUUAAGGACAUUUUUUUUACCAAAAUGAGUCCAAGUGUUUCUUGUGUGAUUUGAAACCUUGGCAUACGAUGUCAUUUCUCCCAAUCAGUGUCUGGUCAUUAAUUCUCAAAAUAAAAAUGCACUUUCUCUACUUAGUUGCAGUCCAGGUAACCCUAUUGCUACAUAUAAUUUUACCUAUUUCUAUGGCACUCUGCUGAACACUUUUCAACCAUUUGUUUCACUGUUCCAAAAAUGAUCUCUUGAAUGUUUUCUAGUCGUGAAUCUUGUAUAUUUAUUUGUAUUGUUUACUGGUAGAUAUUUUCAAUGACUAAGACUAAAUGCCAGUCCAUUUUAUAUGCCUAAAGUGUUGGUCGGUCCAUAUUCUAUGUACAGUUUUAUGAAAUUACACAAUUCUAUUUGAUCUGCCUUUAGGUUCUAGCCAACGAAAUGAAAACCAGGUUUUGUCCAAAUGGAGCCCAGUCCUUUAGUCUUAACCUAGGGAAAACUCCCAUUCAAGUUAAUGACUCUGUUCAGGCAAAUCCUGAGGUCUGCGGUUCUGAUGCCACAAUGUUCUCCACACAGGUGGACCUCUGAACAUGGUCAGAACCCCUUUGAAGUUAGUGGCUUUCUGUACAGGAGCAGGAGUCUGACCAUGUGGCGCUCAUUGGAGCUUUAAUCCUUAAAUUUGCGCUGAGUUAAAUCAGUCCUUUAUCAAAGCCUAAUUCUGCUCCUAGUAAAGUCAUUGAGAACUCAGUGGGUGUAGAAUCAAGCCCUCAUGCCUUGUGCAGGCAAAUUCCCAUUGAAACCAAUGGGAGUUUGGCCAAAUAAGGACUGAAUAAAACCAAAGUAAGGACUUUGAGAUUUGGCCCCGAGUAAAGUCAGUGAGAGCUUUGACUGAGUAAAGAUCACAAGACCGGGCCCUCAUUAGCCAUCAUAUUUGAAACAUUUUCAAAGAAGCACAGAAGCUUGCAAUUGAACAGGCAAAGCCAAUGUAGUUCUCAUUAAUAACGGUCAUAGUAAUUUUAGAAAUCUUGAGGGAAGAAGGAUCAGGCUUUAGAAAUGUUUUUUUAUGAUAGUCUAGUUCACGUAGCACAGUGUUGAUCAUGCUGAAUUGUAUUUCCAGGAACACAGGCUUGCACAGUGGGCAUUUCCAGCCUAGCCUAGAAACAAGGGGCCCAAUCCUGAAUACCUAACUCAUGCAAAACUCCAAAUUAAAAUAUUGACCAGAGUAAAGGCUGCAGGACUGGGCCUGUCUCUUCCUCCAACAGAGAAUACAUCAGAAGCAUGGUCCUGGGUGAUUUGAUUCAGUAAAAUUAAUCCUUUUAAAAUUUUGCAAAACUACUUGACCUACAUUUUUUUCUGCUUUGCUGAGAUUUCUGAGCCAUUUCAGACCCAAUUCUGCUCCCAUUUGCCAUAUAUUACAAUAGAAGGAGAUCUUUUAGAGUUUUGGGGCCAGAUUCUAUACUAGUAUAAACAGAGCGACUCUGGUACUCUGGUUACUCCAGAUUUACAUGCACACCCGGGCAACUGAAACUGGAGUCUGGCUCUUGGCAUCCCUAGAACAUGAAGAUCAUUCAUUAAGAUGAUUUUGAAACAUAGGCAAAGAGUAUUUUUUACAUUUUUACACUGAUUUCAAAAUACUGAAUCAAAGUUGUAAUUCAUUUUCCAUGUUUUAGCCAAACUUACAUGUUUAAAAGAGAUUUACAUAUCAAUCAGAACAUUUUCUGAUUGUUUAAAUGACACUGUUCCAGAGGAGGGGCAGAAAGUAAUAUAUUGCACAAAAUGCAAAGUAAAUACAUAUGGCAAAUUAUGGUUAUAUGGGAAACAUAUGGUCUUAAGAAUAUAAUAUGGAGAAUAAAAUUAUUGCACUACACAAUUUGUGUAAAGCAACUACACCUUUUCAAUAAACACAAAAAGCCUUUUAAACUUCAUUUUAUAGAACGUGUGAACCCUUAUGCUGAUGCAGCAAUGUAAUGCACUGCAUUCUCAUUUCACAAUUGGGCUUAGAAGUCAAACAUUGCUAAAGUUAAAGAGGUGGUUUGCCAUCUGAUACAACACCAAAGCAACUGAGUUGAACAGCUAUUUAUUUCUACUGCCAUACUACAUAAGCAAAAAUAUGUAUCUAAAACCUUGUAUUUUUGUUUCAAAUCUUUAAAUCAAAGCAGUAAUUGGUUUCUUAAUUCCUAUUAACAAUAGAUAUCAUCUGGUUUCUUCUAGAUUAAAAACACUGGCAUGUUUUAAUGGUUGUUUUGUAUAAACAUGGAUCAGAAGCUUGUUUAAGAUUCUUUAUGUCUAUUGGAAAUUAUGUUUAUCCUGAAACUAAAUCCCAAAUAUAUAAGUGAAAAUAGAAAUAGAAAUAGAAAUUAAUUAUGUUUACAAGCAAAAUGAAUUAGAAAUGAGAGAAUUCUGAAUACAAUGUUUAGACUCUUUAAGAAUUUCAUGGAAUAUUGAAUUUAAACUAGUUUGAACUUUGAAGUUCUUGUGCUUGCAUAGUAGUUCAUUAACUGCUUAUGCUACUGCCUUUUUAAAAUAGCUUUGCCACAAGGGCUCAGUUCUGUUGUCAUUAUCAGGUCAAACUGCAAGCAAAGUCAAUGGGGAAAGUUGCAGGUUGGCCUGAUAGAGGCUCCCACCCUAAUUGAUUACAUGUUUAUUUUCACUAAUGCACAAUCUUGGCUUUGAUGGCAAUGAAAAGAUUUGAUUGUGUAAAACAUUGUAAAUGAAACAAUGGCAGAAAGAGGCUGUCUUACAGUAGCCAGCCCAAGUCCAUCAGGAAGUGAAAAUGCAAUAAAGGAGAAGAAAGGCAAAGAAACUGUAAGUCAACAAGGCAUGUUGUCAAUUAAAAAAAAAUAUAUCUGUUGGUCUUAUACAUAUAUAAUGAGAAAAUAUGGAUAUGAAAUAUAGCAUUAAGGCUCUAAUUCUGACCCUAACUCUCCUACAGUGCUUGUACAGCAGUUCCUAUGGUUCUUCAUUGAGAGUCUCAAAACAGUGAAUUAUGUCUCCAUCUACCUGGUCUGUCUACCUGGGCAUUUACACCAUGCUUAUUAUAAUAUUUGAACACUUUUCUGAAAAAUAAACUCACAGUAAAGUCGCUUUGGUUCUCCUCCCAUUACCCCCAAAUGGCAGAUACGGCUGUGCAAAUAUAUAGAGAAAUUCAUUAUUAUUUAUUUAUUAAGGAAAUUUACCAUGAAGGGUGAAGUCUUGCAUUUUGUCUUGUGAACAGGAAGAUUCAUGCUCAGUGUAAUCUCUCAUAGAAGAGAGUUAAAUUUCAUCCUCUAUUGGUGAACCACUGUAAUGAUGAACCACUAUAGUGUCCAGAACACUGGGAUACUUGCCACACUUUGAACCGGACAGAGCUCUUUCAAAGCUGUUGCCCUCAUUUCCUGUUAACACAUGCAUUGUAGCAGUCGAGCAGUAUAUAACUAUGGCAAAAUCAGCAUACAGUAGGCUGGGGCAAAGGGAUAAAUAGAGGCUGGUGUUUCUGAAAGGCUUUAAUUGCUAUUUGUGCAUAUCGGAGCAGUAAAAAUGCCAGGAUGAUUCCAAGGCUAUUGAUUGUUUAUAAGAUUGGUGCUGGUAGAUCCACUCACCUGAGGCUGAUGUGCAGGUUUUGGGUAGAUUUUCAAAGAGACUUGCUUUCCCACUGAAGCAAUGAGCUUAAAUUGCAGCAAGGACGAUUUAGGUUGGACAUUAGGAAAAACUUCCUAAGUAUCAAAGUGGUUAAGCACUGGAAUAAACUGCCUAGGGAGGUUGUGGAAUCUCCAUCAUUGGGAAUUUUUAAGAGCAGGUUGGACAAACAGCUGUCAGGGAUGGUCUAGAUAAUACUUAGUCCUGCCUUGAGUGCCUGGGACUGGACUAGAUGACCUCUUGAGGUCCCUUCCAAUUCUAUGAUUCCAUGAUUUCGUUUCCUCAGAGGUUAGCUUCAGAUAGCAGCUUUUCAUCCUGACAUUAAUCUCUUUUAGGUGCAGGGUAAAUAGGAGGUGGCAUUGUUAUCAUUUGAUCUGAGGGACAAGCAGUGCUGGAUGCCAUCUCUAGCUAUUGGUAUUUGAGGCUAUAUGUCACACGCUCUCCCCAAACAGUUUUACAUACAUUUUGAAUAAGAUAGGCGAGUCUCGCAACACUGCCCAAGUGAGGCCUGUGGCAGCAAAGAUACAGUUUCCCAUCACCACCCUCUAUGUUCAUUCUAAGAAGCUCAGUGGAUUUGCUCAUCCGUAACAGGUCUUUCUGGCAUACUAGAAGCAAUUUUUAGUUGACUGUUGAAAGUUAUUGAGAAAUCAUGCAGCAUAAGUAUGGAUGUUUGUCCCUUGUCCAUGGACUAGAGGAAAUCAUCAACCUAAGCCAUCUCAGUACAGUGUAUGGUCUAAACCCUAGUUGAAAAGGAUCUAGGAUUCUAAUGCAGGUCAAAUGUUCUUGGAGGUGACUCUUUCCCAGCUUCUUCAUCACUUUGCUUAGGGAACAGAGAUUAGAUACUAGGCGAAGUUGGUAAUACUGGUUGCAUCGCAUGAUGGCUUCUUGAACACUGAUCUCAGCCCAAAGAACAUGGUUAUACCAUAUGAGAUGUAAUACUAGUACAAAGGGGUGAGUCAAGGGUGGAGUAACAGACAUGUCUGUGUGUUUCCUCUGCUGGGAGUGUAAAUAAUACCUUUGGGAAAUGACCCACUGAUUUAAGCAAGAUUACCCAUUAGCUUCAAUGAGGAUUUCUUCUAAAACAUCAGUGGUACCAUAUGGCCCUUUAUUAUUACUUUAAUGAUUAUUUUGGUAUUUAAUUUCCUUUAUGAGGGCUAAUUGAGGACCAUGCUGAUCCCUUUGUAGAGUUGGGGACUAACACACCAAUGAAUACUGAUCUUCUUAAUUAAAAUUUUCCAGAGAACACAAUACUAAUUAGUUCACCUAAUUCAAAAUAAACAUUAUGCUGCCCAAACCUGCUAAUUAAAUUUAAUAGUGAUGUUUCAUCACUCUAAGCAUUGUCUGUACUCUUACGGUUAAUGUAAACACUCAUAAAAUCUCUGGCUGAACAAAAGAGUGGUCUGGGCUAUUAAUUUCAUUGGGCUAAAUUUUACCCUCAAGUAACACUUAGAUCCUCCAUUAACUUCAAUGGAAGACACACAGUAAUCAGAAGGAAGACCAAGGCUCAGCAUGAACACUAAAACAAAAUGAGUAUCCUAAAUUACAGUGUCUUCAAAGGACACUUGUAUAUCUACGCUGCAAUUAAACACCUGAGGCUGGCCCAUGUCAGCUGACUUGAGCUCAUGGGGUUCAGGCGGUGGAGCUGUAAAACUGUGGUGUAGACAUCUGGGCUCUGGGACCCUGCCCCCUCAUAGGAUCAUAGAAUCAUAGAAGAUUAGGAUUGGAAGAGACCUCAGGAGGUCAUCUAGUCCAACCCCCUACUCAAAGCAGGACCAGUCUCCAACUAAAUCAUCCCAGCCAGGGCUUUGUAAAACUGGGCCUUAAAAUCUCUAAGGAUGGAGAUUCCACCACCUUCCUAGGUAACCCAUUCCAGUGCUUCACCACCCUCCUAGUGAAAUAGCUUUUCCUAAUAUUCAACCUACCUCCCCCACUGCAACUUGAAACAAUUGCUCCUUGUUCUGUCAUCUGCCAUCAAUGAGAACAGGCUAGCUCCAUCCUCUUUGGAACCCCCCUUCAGGUAGUUGAAGGCUGGUAUAAAAUCCUCCCUCACUCUUCUCUUCCUGGGCUCCUGCUCAAGCCCAAACGUCUACUGCAGUUUUACAGCCCAGCAGCCCAAGCCCUGCCAGUCCAAAUCAACUGACACAGGCCAGCCACAAAUGUUUAAUUGCAGUAUAGACACUGAAGACAGUCUUACCGCUCUAUCUGGAAAGAUAUCUGAAUACCAACCAUCACUUUUCAGGGAUAUAGCCAAUCCUGCAGUCCUUCACUGGUCCUGCACCUCUUACUCAUGCAAAUUGCACAAUUUGAAAUCAGUGGGACUACUUGUGGGUAAGAAAAGCUGGAUUUGACCAUUUGCGAAAGUGAAAUUCUCACCACCUGCAUUCCUAGUUAUUCCAAGUGAAGCGAACUGAGGAAGCCCAUGUAGCUAAUGGUUUGAUCAUGUGACAGUCGAUAUUGGUACUUCAGGCCUGAUUCUCCAGUACUUUGCACCUUCAGUAGUCAUUUACCCAUGCAAACUGAGUGCGAAAUGUUACCGAGUUGGUAUGGUAGGUUAGUGGUGGAGCUAAUGGAGUGGGCAGGUGACUGCAUCCUGGGGUGGCUAUACAUUUAGCAUGUAACCUCCUUGUCUUCAUUAGACUAACUUUUCGUUUACACUGAUGUGAAUGAGAGCAGACUCAGGCCUGAGGUGCAUUACACCUACUUUUCACAAGUAUAAACGGCUACACAAAGUGGUGGAGAAUCAGGCCCUUGGACUGUAUAUUUUUGCCCAUCUGAAAUGUAGCAAAAAAUGACAUUUACUUUUGUACAAUUACAAAGGGAAGUACAUGUAUUUUAUACUGAUACUUGAGCUAGAAGUUCAGAAAACAAAAUAUGUUGGCCCCAGAUCCUCAAAAAUAUUUAGGCCCAAUGGGAGUUAGGUGCAGUCUCUAGGAAGGAAGCCAAUGGGAGUUUUGCCUGUGUAAAACUGAAGAAUUGGGCAACUUAUUGUGACUUUAGGCAAACCAAACAGUUUCUAUCACAUGUUGCAAAAUGGAAAAAUAAAAAAGGCUGUUGUGGGACAAUCAAGGGCACGUUUGGUAGGGGCAGAGUUUUGGAUUUAUACCUUUGUAUUUUCAAAGAGUUAUGCAGAGUUUUAGCCAUCUAACUCCUGUUAAAGUUAAGGGGUGUCAUGCACAUAAAAUGAAACAUUUAAGGAUUAGUGUACAAAGAAGUUGAGAGUUGACUACAUAACCUAUUAUUUUAAGAUCAUUGCAAAUAUAAACUAAAAUAUGUAUUAUUUCAUCUUUAUAAGUUAUUUAUUGUAUUAGGUACAGGAACAUGUACUAUAAAUAGUUUUACUGAGUUUAAUGAAUUUUAUUUUGUAUUCUUUUGUGAAUGGUCUGAAUGCUGCAGAAAAAAAAAAGCACAACUGUAUUUUUUCAAGUUCUCUCAGCACAAUAGUAAUGUCCUCACCUUGUUCCAUUUUACAGGAUUAGCAGCAUUUCAUUGUAAAACGCUCUGUUAGCAACAUAUCUCUUUCUUUACAAAAAACCGUCACUAGACGAGAAAGACAUCAUGUGAUAUGUCUUGUCUAACCUCAAUCAUCUGCCUUUACAAAAUGCCCAAGACUUGUGGGAGAAUUUGCUGCUUUUGCUUCACAUGUUGCUUGUCUUGGGGUGCAGUUGGGAAUUAUAACAUAGGGCAUUUUGCAAUGGUAAUUGCAUCAAACAUGCUUUGUUUCAUUAUUAUUAUAUUUACUAGAAAUAUUUUGAUUUCAUUUCUUUCGCAGACAAUACCAUUUAAUAAUAGUUUACUUUUUUCAGCUCCCCACCUUACGUCAUUAGUAUAAUAACUUCUCACAUUUAAUGGUAUUUGUAUCAAUGUCUCCAUAUCAGCUGCAUUUUAACCUCAUAAAAAAGAAAAUGUGAUUUUUUUUGUUGCUAUACUAGAUUUUGCUAAUCAACUAAAUAUUUCUGAACCAAUCAACAUAUUAAUAUGCAUGUGGUAGUCUGUACAAUUGUUCAACAUCAAAAUACCUGUUUGAUUUAUGUCAAAUGUCUGUAAAAUGAAUGGCAUUGUUCUCCAUUUCAGUCUGACAGAAUAAGCAGGCUAGUAAAUAAAUGUG